AUGCCGUGCAGCGAAGCCGAGUCAACGCUCGAGAUACUGAGGAAUCUGUCAAUUUCCCCAACAAGAAAUUCACAAAUUGGAAAUCCACGGGGUCAUUUGGCUCAAGAUGUACUCCUCAGAGAUCAGGCAUCAUUGACAAUUGGAGAUACGCAUGAAUAUAAUGUGACCGUAAAUCAAGCAACGCAUGAGUCCAAAGCACCCCGUACGGUGGAUAUCCUUAAGUGGCUGCCUGCCAUCAACUUCAGGACCCUCUAUGAAGACCGCCUGAAGAACCUCCAUAUCCCGAUCGGAAAGAGAUCACUGGAGAGCAAAGAGUUUGCAAGUUGGUAUAAUGGCGAGCAUAAGUGGCUCUGGUGUCACGGGAUGCCCUGUGCUGGCAAGACUUCUCUGGUGACUAUCAUACUACAGCACCUAUUGGAUGUACGAGAGAAACAGAGAAGGAAUAUCGGGGUUGCCUAUUUAUACUGUAUCCACUCGGACAAAAGCCAAUCUGCCAUCAGCUUGGUGGGAACCAUCUUGCAACAGCUCGCCCAACAGUCGAAAGAAAUCUCAAACGAGCUUAAAUCCCUAUAUCAGAAACAUACGUCCGUUGUGCCGGAAAGCUCGCCAUUACUCGAGGAGUACGAAAAGGCACUGGAAAGCCAACUGGACCACUUCGAAUCUGUCUAUCUGAUUGUGGAUGCGCUCGACGAGUGCAGGAGUGAUGAUGCCGCGGAUUUUCAGCUGGACACCAAGUCCAGACUUUUGCAGGCCCUCGGCUCUCUAGGAGACAAGAUUCACUUGUUAGUGACCUCGAGGGACGAAAGUUUGAGGACUGUUGGACUCGAUAUGGACGUAUCUUUCAAGGUAAUGAAAGUUACAGCUACCGACGGUGAUAUCACUGCAUACGUCGAGGGUCGGAUCGCUUCAAACACUCCCUUCCGGGAACUUACUGGAAGGUAUCCGAAGUUGAAGACCGAGGUAAAAGAGGCGAUUGUUGCGAAGGCAGCUGGCAUGUUCCUCCCUGCCAAGCUUUACAUGGAUUUUCUAGCCAGUAAGGCUGUGACAAGCAGAAAAUUUCACGUCUUGCAGGCGCUGCGAAGCUUGCCCUCCUUUCACGAUAAGACCUUCGAGGAAGCCUACCGAGAUGCUUACACAGGUAUUCUUAAAGGCAUCUGGGAACAGAGUCCAUACGACGUUGAGCUUGCACGAAAAGUGUUGUCCUGGGUUGUAUUUACCAAGGAUCCUCAGAACCUCACAAUCGACAUUGUUAAACAGGCUCUGUUGCUUGAAGACGAAAUUGACGAGGCAGGGACUGACACCGACGUCACAGAUGAUGAGUUUGAUGAGAUACCUGAGGAGAAACUAUUAUCUGUCUGUCGUGGGCUCCUCACAGUAGAUCACCACAGCAGAACCCUCCGCUUCGUCCAUUAUACAGCGGAAAUCUACUUUUCUAAGCCCGCAGUCCAGAACGUGGACUUUCCCAAUGCCCAUGAACAAAUUGCACAGGCCUGUCUUUCUUGCAUUCUUUCAAGUACCCCCAGAGGAGCCGGAUGUUAUGCGCUGGAUCGAUACGCAAGUUUGCACUGGGGUCAUCACGCACGAAUUGUGGAAGAAAUAGUGCAACCCAAGAUUCAAAAGCUUUUUGAGGACGAAGAAAAGAUGCGGAACUCCUUUCAGGCGGUAGUGGCCCCGCUUCCUAGAGACUGGAGAAGUAAAGGCCAAGCAGUGAACUCUGGCAUAAAACCCCUCCACGUGGCUGCAUAUUUUGGAUUACGGUCGAUAGCUACAACGCUCCUGGAGAGAUCAGAGGACAUCGAGAGCAAGGACUUCCGCGGUUGGGAUCCCAUGCGAUGGGCCAUAUUUGGCAAAUCAGACGCACUAGUAGCUCUACUUUUCGACCACAAGGCAAACCUCCUUUUAGAGGACUAUGAAGGGCUGCCAACCAUGUUCUGGGCAGUUGACUCGCGCGAAGCCAAGCAAAUUGUGAGCAAUAUCGUCAUGAACGGAGAUGUGCGGUUUUCUCUCGGAGAAAUAUCAACUGUUCGUUCAGGACAAUCUUUUGCAACUGCACUACCGAGUCCUGUUUUGCCGAAGACAAGCCAGAGCGUUAUCAAAUUCUUACUCUCUAAUCUUCCGGAGGUGGACUUGGAUGUCAGAAGCCCCGUGGAUGGCCAAACUCUCCUUUCUGUUGUCGCGGGCAAUUGGCAUGGGACGCUGUCAAGAUUCUCCUUGAAAGUGGAGCGAACGUGA